AUGCCUUCACGCGUGGAGAGCAACCCGAGCUCGAAGGAGGAUCACGGUAAUAUAAGACACUCCUCAGGACGAAAGCGUAGACACCAAGACACUCCUCAAAGAUCGUACGCACUAGCAUACCCAGCACCCAUCUACAUCGACAAGACACACCUCGUAAAACACCUGCGGUCGAGACAAUUCCUCCAAAUACAGAAAGUGUCCUCGGAUACCAGCCACGGCACACCAGAUAUUGACGUGAUAUCAUUUGCGCCGCCGAAGGAUCCAAUCAGAUUUGUUUCAGCUCUGAAGGGCCUGUUGGAAGGGAAAAUAAGCCUGAGAGACGAACGGCUUCUUCGCUUCAACAAGGACGAUGUGUUGCUGACGAGAUAUCGUGAGGAUGACGCUCAGUCAGGAGAGACUGCACAACCAGCCAGGAACAACACGAUCAUGGCGCCCCUGGAGAAAGUAAUAGGGCGAGAGGUCAUAGCAGUCCUGCGGAAAGACAACAAAAUUAUUCUGGAAGACGGCCGGCUCUGGACUACGACCAAUCACCAGAACAGGUCAUUCGAAUUCACCAACAUCGACGAGCACGGCGUGAAGUCGGUAACAAGAUGGGUUUUCUCCAAGAGGCGGGCCUCUGGCUUUGAUGACCAUCCUCCGUCCUCGACACAGGCACCGGAAGUCACGUUUCAGUUCAGCAUUAUCCGCUCCAACAGCCGCAGACAUGCAGUGCUGGCCACCUUGACCCAGUCAGCCCUUCACAUCAAGGACAGUUAUCAUGAGCCGGCAACUAGUUAUGGUACUGCAGAGGAUUUCGAAGCGCCGCCCAAAGUGGUGGACGACGCCACGAGGAAUGUGAUCACAGCCACUGCCGUCUGGGUGGUCCUCACUCUCGGAUGGUCCUCGGCCUACAAGGCUUCCGCUGUGGAUCAGCAAGAUGCCUCCUGGAGUUGUGGCGCCAAGCCUCGUCCUUCAAAGCACUUGACUUGGUAA